AUGGCUACAUCGUUUUUGACUGAAGGAGGGAUAUAUUGCUACAAUGUAAUGCCCUUCGGGCUGAAAAAUGUAGGGGCAACGUAUCAGCGACUGGUGAAUAGAAUGUUCAAGGAUCAAAUUGGGAGAACCAUGGAGGUCUAUGUAGACGAUAUGGUGGUGAAGAGCUCAAGGUUUCCGGAUCACAUGACUCAUCUCGAGAAAACUUUCGCGAUCUUAAGAGAGUUAAGGAUGAAACUCAACUCAGCAAAAUGUACCUUUGUUGUAUCAGGAGGAAAGUUUCUGGGUUAUAUGGUCAGUGAGCGGGGGAUCGACGCGAAUCCGGAAAAGAUAGAGGCCAUACUCAAGUUGAAGUCACCGACCACAGUGAAGGAGGUCCAAAAACUCACUGCACGUCCCAAUGUAUCGGGUAAGCUUGUAAAAUGGGCAGUAGAACUGAGGGAAUACGACAUUGAAAAUCAGGCUCGCACAUCGUUGAAGGGACAAGUGCAGCGGAGGAUUUGGCAUCCUGAUCCAAGGUCCAAGGACAUAGAGAUUGAGGUCGCUGCCCAUCUAUCCUUUUUAGUUACGAACAAUGAGGCUGAAUAUGAGGCCUUAAUUAUGGGGCUAGAAUUGGCAUUCGAAGCAGGUGCUAGAGAUCUAGAAGUUUAUACCGAUUCUCAGUUGGUGGCCUUACAAAUUGAUGGGACAUAUGAGACUAAGGAAGAAAGCAUGGUGCUUUACCACGCUAAAGCAAAGUCCUCGAUGUCUAAGUUUAAUAAAUGUCAAGUACAUCAGAUUCCCAGGUGCGAGAAUGAUAAGGCUGAUUCCUUAUCAAAGUUCGGGUUCACUUUGUCGGGGAUACAAGAUCGCAAAAUAACGGUGAUGAUUAGAGACACACCAGCAAUAGCCAAAAGCAUGGGAGUUAACGCUGCAAAUGAAAACCUUCCUGGAAGGAUGAGAUCAUUCAAUAUUUGA